UGUCCCCCCUCUGUCCCCUCUGUCCCCCUGUCCCCAGGCCAUGCCCGAGGCGGUGCACUACAUCCACCUGCACAACUUCAGCCGCUCGGUGCUGGAGUCGCUGCAGGGGCAGCGCGAGUCCGGUCAGUUCUGCGACGUCACCGUGCGCAUCCGCGAGGCGUCGCUGCGCGCCCACCGCUGCGUGCUGGCCGCGGGCAGCCCCUUCUUCCACGACAAGCUGCGCCUCGGCCACUCGGCCAUCGAGGUGCCACCCGUGGUGCCCGCGGCCGCCGUGCGCCAGCUGGUCGAGUUCCUCUACAGCGGCAGCCUGGUGGUGGCACAGUCCGAGGCGCUGCACAUGCUGACGGCCGCCUCGGUGCUGCAGAUCAAGACGGUCAUCGAUGAGUGCACGCAGAUCAUCUCGCGGGGACGCGGUCCCACCGUGCCACCACCGGUGUCACAUCCCCGUAAGGUCACGCCACAACCGGACGGGCCCACGGAACCGGUGGCGGGUGGCCACAGCCGAAAGCAGCGGCAGCCGCUGCGCCGGGCGCCCGCGCUCAAGGAGGAGCACCGCGACACGCCGGGGGAUAACGAGGAUGAUGAUGAGGAAGAGGAUGAAGGUGGCCCUCAGGAUGGUGUCCCCACAGCGCUGGCGCCAUUCCCCAGCCAGGACCCACCGUUUUUUGGCACCACGGAGGUUUUCACCGAUGCUUUCCUGCCGCCGUGGCCCGGUGAUGGCGGCAGUGCCUUCGGGGCUGAGCAUGGACAGGAGGUGACCCCACUGCCGCUGCCACCACCGCCCUACGAAGGGGUUCAAGAUGGAGGUGCCAACCCCGCGCCCGCCCCGGCACCGCAGCGCCCGCCCCAGGCGCCGCACCAGUGCGGGCACUGCCACAAGAGCUUCAGCUCCCGCAAGAACUACACCAAGCACAUGUUCAUCCACUCAGGCGAGAAGCCCCACCAGUGCUCCAUCUGCUGGCGCUCCUUCUCUCUGCGUGACUACCUGCUGAAGCACAUGGUGACCCACACGGGCGUGCGCGCCUUCCAGUGCGCCGUGUGCUGCAAGCGCUUCACGCAGAAGAGCUCGCUCAACGUGCACAUGCGCACGCACCGCCCCGAGCGCUUCCAGUGCCGCCUCUGCGCCAAGGGCUUCUCCCACCGCACCCUCCUGGAGCGCCACGCCGCCGCCGCCCACGCCGUGACACCGCCGGGGACACCGCCGGGGCCACCACCACCAGGGCCAUCAUUGGGCCGGGGUUACCACCACCAGGGCCACCACCACCAGGGCCACCAUUAG